AAUUUCUCCUGAGAAAUGGCCCUCUUCAAGACUAUUCCCUCCAUAGACAGAACAAAACCAUUCCCAUGAAGAAGAAGAAGGCAGAGCAUGAGCAUGAAGGAGACCAAGAAGAUGAAGAGCAGCAAGAGCUCGAAAUCCUCAAGGCAGUUGCGCAGGCCUGGUACGGCCAUUCGGGCAGCUCCCAAGCCACCAGCGAGUUCGAUGCCCGCCGCCUCAGCUUCAGGGCCCAACCCUCAAGGUUCGGGCUCGAGGCAAUGAACAAGAACGAGCUGUCAUCGAUGUCGUCGUUGUCCAAGGAGCGUAGAUUCAGCAGGAGCAUGGCCAGCGGCUAUUGGGACUUCAGGCAAUCCCUGUGGGACUCCUACGAGAUACUGGCAGUUUCUAGGAAGCUCGAGUCGGGGAUGGUGUUGGAUGACCCGUUCAUGGCGGAUCACCAGGAUCAGGUCAUCAGGCGGCGGAGGGAGAGUAAGAAUAGCCUCAGGAACCUGUUCAAUCUCAUGUCCUCGCGGAGAUUCAAUGAGUCGAAUGUCCCACAAGAACAGGAUUCGAAAUUUUGAUCUAAUACUCGGACUUCAGAGUAUUUUGCUUAUCCGAGUUUCAUGCUCAUCAUCAUUGAUAUAUGACAACUCUUAACAUA